AUGUCUGGCGAGAAGGAGCUGGGACAGCUCAGGGAGCAGAAUGCGCGCCUACAAGCUGAAGUUGAGCGCCUGAAGGCUGCAGUGGCAGGGCCGGGGCAGCAGGGAGCACAGGCGGCCGCUGCCAACGGCGCCGCUGCGCCCGAUGGGGCGGCCGGCAGCUUCCCAGCCUGGGAUGGGCUGCGCCACGGCCUGAGCAAGGACCAGAUUGCACGCUACAGCCGCCAGAUCGUCCUGCACAGCUUUGGGGUGCAAGCGCAAGCGCGGCUGUGCCGCGGCUCGGUGCUGAUUGUGGGGGCGGGAGGGCUGGGCUCCCCCGCGGCGCUGUACCUGGCGGCGGCGGGGGUGGGGCGCAUCGGCGUUGUGGACAAGGACAGCGUGGAGCUGAGCAACAUCCACCGCCAGAUCAUCCACAGGCGCGCUCCGCAUCCUCCGGGCGGGCUGCUGGCUUUGGGGCCCGUGGGGGUGCACAAGGCUGUGUCGGCGGCAGAGGCGUGCCGCGCGCUCAACAGCAGCAUCCAGGUGGAGACGCACCUGGAGGGGCUGACCCCCGCCAAUGCGGUACACCUGGUGCGGCAGUACGAUGUGGUGGUGGAUGCCUCGGACAAUGCGCCCACCCGCUACCUCAUCAGGCGAGCCACCCUGCAUCGGGUGCACGCAGUUGUCCUUUGUUGGCUGCAUUGCAUGCGUCUCGACGCCUGCUGCGCGGUGGGGCGGCCGCUGGUGUCUGGCGCCGCCAUCGGCACCGAUGGGCAGCUGACUGUGUACUGCCACGGCCACGAUGGCCCCUGCUACCGCUGCCUGUUCCCGGAAGCGCCUGCGGCCGGCAACUGCGCCCGCUGCGUGGAUGCUGGCGUGCUGGGGGUGGUCCCUGGCGGUCGAGCUGCGGGUGUGCAGGCGCUGGAGGCGGUGAAGCUGCUGUCUGGCGUGGGCGACCCGCUGUCCCGCCGCCUGCUGGUGGUCGACUGCGCCGCCGGCAGGUUCCACAGCGUCAAGCUGCGCGCCAAGUCUGCCAACUGCGUGGCCUGCAGCACACACCCCAGCAUCACUGCUGCCAGCGUGGCGGCAUACGAUUAUGCCGCCUUCACCGGCCAGGCCGCCACAAACGACGCGGCCCCCGCGCCGCUGCAGCUGAUUGCUGCCGAGGAGCGCAUUACGCCCGCCGAGCUGCAGCAGCGGCUGGCCAGUGAGCCGGGCUGUGUGCUGCUGGAUGUGCGGCCGGCAGAGCAGUACAACGUGUGCCACCUGCCGGGUGCGCAGGCGGCGCUGCUGUGGCCGCACUCCGGAGCACCCUCCAUGCCGCCAUCAGGCGGCCAAGGCGGCGGGGGGGGGACCGCGGGCGCCAGCCGCCCGCCGGCGCAUCCCCCGCUGUACGUUGUGUGCCGGCGAGGCAACGACUCGCAGCGGGCGGUGGCACGGCUGCGGGAGCUGGGCAUGGCGCACGCGGUGGAUGUGGUGGGGGGCAUGGAGGCCUGGGCACACGAGGUGGACCCCGGGUUCCCCACCUACUGA